UGCUGCUGCUCCAAACUUUUCUAAAGUUCAGAAACUUUUGCACAGCCUGUGACAGUACUACCGCAUCUGAUCCUCUCUGCUGAUCUGAAGAGAUGUCUGAGUUAGGCUCCAUUGACAAUCCGGUGAAGUUCAAAGAUCAAGACUUUGACGCCCUGCUGCAGAAGUGCCUCAAAUCUGCUGCUCUGUUCUCUGACACGGUGUUUGCAGCGAACCAAAGCUCCCUCGGCAUUCCAGUGGAUCCUGAUCCUAAAAAGGCAGUGAAGUGGCUGCGCCCAAAGGAAAUCACAAGUAAUGCUGUCUUUGUUGAGGGCACCAUGGGCACCACCGAUAUCUGCCAGGGCCAGCUGGGUAACUGCUGGCUGUUGGCGGCCCUGUCCUGUCUCACCAUGCACCCGACUCUGUUUGUGAAAGUGGUUCCAUCUGGACAAAGCCUGAGUGAAUCCUACGCUGGCAUCUUUCGUUUUAGGUUCUGGCAGUAUGGUGAGUGGGUGGAGGUGGUAGUGGAUGACAGGCUGCCUGUGAGAGAGGGCCGUCUGCUUUUCAGCUACUCUCGCGCCACCAACGAGUUCUGGAGCGCCCUGGUGGAGAAAGCUUAUGCCAAGCUGAUUGGUUCUUAUGGCAGUCUGAAAGGGGGAAUUAUCUCAGAAGGAAUGGAGGAUUUUACGGGGGGCAUUGCCUACUCCCUCCCCGUGUCUUCUCGGCCCCCACGCAUGCUCUGGAGGGGCAUCACUGCUGCCCUGGCUAGGAGCAGCCUGCUCAGCUGCUUCAUACAUGCUGCGAGUGUAAAGGAGAUUGGCACUGUGACAUCAGAGGGUCUUAUCAAAGGUCAUGCAUAUGCCAUCACUGAUACAGAUAAGGUCCAGAGGACGUCUGAAGAGGUCUUACUGCUGAGGCUGCGUAACCCCUGGGGGUUUGUCGAGUACUGUGGACCCUGGAGUGACAAGUGUAAAGACUGGGACGUUAUAGAUAAUGCUCAGAAGGCCAGACUGGAGUUGGCGAAAGUUGAAGAUGGAGAAUUCUGGAUUGGAAUAGAAGACUUUUGUCUGCUGUUUAAUACAGUGGAAAUGUGCAGUGUGAAUCCGGACUCUAUGUCAGGGGAGGCGAGUGAUGACACGGCCACCCCGUCCUGGACAUUGAGCUCACAUCAGGGCACCUGGGUCCCAAUGUGCUCUGCAGGGGGCAGCCGACGAUACCCCAGAUCUUUCUGCAAAAAUCCUCAGUUCCAGAUGAUUCUGUCUGAGAAAGAUGUGGAUGAUUAUGAUUAUGGAGAGAAUGAAGAAGGGGAGGAAGGAGAUGGAGAAGACGAUGAAGUAGGUGUUGUGGUGGCUCCUGUGAGCAAGACUGAGAAACAGGGAGAGAAAAAGAAGAAGUGCACGGUACUGGUGGAGCUUCUCCAGAAAUACCGCAGACAAAAAGAUAAAGUCAACUUUCUCUACAUCGCAUUUCACAUCUACAAGGUUCCCCCUGAGGACAAACCAGGAUCUCUGGACCAGCCAUUCUUCUCCAACAACAGUCCAGUUACUCGCUCUGGAAAGUACCGUAGCAUUAGGAGCGUGUGGCGGAAGGUGCACCUAGAGCCUGGCAGUUAUGUCAUCCUAGCCUCCACCUACAGGCCCAACCAGCAGGGGGAGUUCUUCCUCCGUGUUUACACCAAAACCGGCAACAUACAGGGGUUCCAGGAUUUCCCCUGCACCAACAACUACUCAGUGAUGGUAAUGUCAAAGCCAGUCUUACCUGAGGAUCAGUUUAGGGUGCAGAAGUGGUUUGAUGAAAAAGCUGGAUCGGAUGACAGAGUGAAUGCUGUGCAGUUCAUGAACCUGGUGAACUCAGUGUUGGAAAAAGACUAUGAACUUCCACUGGAGACCUGCAGACAGCUCAUCUUUGGGGAAGACACUGGUGGCAGAGGCCGUCUGAGCAGAGUUCAAGCAGAGAAGCUGCUCACCUCCCUACGCAAUCUGCAGUCUAUCUUUUUCCAGUUUGAUGAGGAUUCAUCAGGAACCAUGAGUCCAUUUGAACUCAGUUUGGCUCUGAAUGCUGCAGGUGUGGAGUGUGACAAUGUUGUGGUGCAGUUGUUGUGGGAGAGGUUUGGCGCUGGUGAACAAUACCUGCCUUUCUAUGGCUUUGUGUCUUGUGUUGCCAGACUGCAGGUGCUCUUUGAUCUUUUUGAGUCAGAGACCAACCCAGAGGUGAAGGACAAGGGCAUCAACGCUUGGCUGCUCAAGCUGUUGGCUGUGUGAGCCUGUCCAGACCCGACACCUCAGCGGGACAGACCUGCUAGGCCAAGACUGCUCUGACGUCAUCCACCUGGGCCUACGUCUCCUACAUCUCCUCCUCUUCUAUCUCAUUUGUGAUCUGCGGACCUUUGCCCUGCAGUUGCUUCCACCCACUCAUCGCUCCAUCAGUUGGGGUCUAUGACCAUGUAGGUCAUUACUGCCUGGACACAAAACAGACUUUUGCAUUUCAUCCCCCUCGCCCCACCCUAACACACCUAACACAAUGUGUUUGUGUGUGUGUUUGCAUGCAGAAUAAUCAAAACAUUUGAAUAUUUUAAUAGAAAUAUU